CAUUUGAUCGAUGACGUAAUAGGGCUGCGAUAUAUCGCGCAUGCGCAAUGCUCUCACGAUCACGAAUUGACCUAGCAACAACAACACAGGAAGAAGAAAUAUGGCUGAAGUUGAAGAUAUAGUCAAGAGGUUAAUGCAGCACCCUGGCGUGACUGGAGUUGUAAUUGCCAGUUGUGAGGGAAUUCCCAUCAGAACGACAUUUAACAAUGAAAAGGCGACACACUAUGCAGCCCGAUAUGUGGAUUUAAUCAACAAGGCCAGGAGAUGUGUCCAAGAUACUGACCCUACAAAUGAUUUGUCAUUCGUCAGAGUCCGUACCAAAGCUCACGAGAUAAUGGUCGCACCAGAUAAAGACUUCAUAUUGAUUGUGACUCAAAAGCCAUCGGAGGCAUGCUGAUUAUACUUCAAAGAAUGAGACGCAAUAUUGCCCAGGUGGGAAUGGUCGUUCUUUUUCAUCCAAAUCUCACUUAAUACUUACCAUUGAGAGUCAUGCAACAGAUAUGUAUAUCUUCGGCAAGGGACAGUCUGUUAAUCGGUCAAAUCUCAAAAGUACCCCAUUCCAUGGUCUGCAACAUUCGUUCGGAGACUAGUUGAGAGAAAGAUAGUUCAAAGUAGAUAUUGAACUGUGAAUGAUUGUCACUUUUCUUGUUAUGUACAGAUGUAAUGUAUUCUCAUUAAAGAUACUUCAUAUAUAAUUGUUGUUGUAAUGUCAAUCUUGAAAAUUCCGGUAGGAACUCUUUUUUGUUUUUUACCCAUUUUUAUUAUGCUGAAGCUCUGAUGCAUUCACAUUUGCCCCGUCUAUUGUUUAAGGCUUAAUACAUCCAUGUAAUAAUGAUCGCAAGGUUGUGAGUUCGAAUCCCCGUUCUGCCAUAGUCUC